AGACCCUUUUCUCUUUUUGGUUUCCGCAUGUUUUAAGAUGAGGUGACAUCGUGGGCCCCACCUACUUUCUUAGAAGUUAACACGUGGUCUGUCAAAUGGAGGGAUUUCGAGGUGCAUCCGACCGGCCAAGUGCUUUUGUUGAAAAGUCACGGCUUUUCCCACUGGCAAGGACUGUAAACAUUACGGAAAUCUGCCUGCCUUUGAAUGUUCAACUGUCACAGCUGGUUCGUGUCGUCAGCAUCCUUUCGGCAGCUAGGGAGGUCGACCGUGUGGUUUUGCCAUGUUCUGUUCAGGAGUAUCAGGUUGGGCAGCUUUACUCUGUUGCAGAAGCUAGUAAGAAUGAGACUGGUGGUGGAGAAGGAAUUGAAGUCUUAAAGAAUGAACCUUAUGAGAAGGAUGGAGAAAAGGGACAAUAUACACACAAAAUUUAUCACCUAAAGAGCAAAGUUCCUGCAUUCGUGAGGAUGAUUGCUCCCGAAGGCUCCUUGGUGUUUCAUGAGAAAGCCUGGAAUGCGUACCCCUACUGUAGAACAAUUGUAACGAAUGAAUAUAUGAAAGAUGAUUUCUUCAUUAAAAUCGAAACAUGGCACAAACCAGACUUGGGAACAUUAGAAAAUGUACAUGGUUUAGACCCAAACACAUGGAAAACUGUUGAAAUUGUCCAUAUAGAUAUUGCAGAUAGAAGUCAAGUUGAACCAGCAGACUACAAAGCUGAUGAAGACCCAGCAUUAUUCCAGUCAGUCAAGACCAAGAGAGGCCCUUUGGGACCCAACUGGAAGAAGGAGCUGGCAAACAGCCCUGACUGUCCCCAGAUGUGUGCCUAUAAGCUGGUGACCAUCAAAUUCAAGUGGUGGGGACUGCAAAGCAAAGUAGAAAACUUCAUUCAGAAGCAAGAAAAACGGAUAUUUACAAACUUCCAUCGCCAGCUGUUUUGUUGGAUUGACAAGUGGAUUGAUCUCACAAUGGAAGACAUUAGGAGAAUGGAAGACGAGACUCAGAAAGAACUAGAAACAAUGCGUAAGAGGGGUUCCGUUCGAGGCACGUCGGCUGCUGAUGUCUAGAUGAGUCCCCUGUAGGGUCAGAGACAAUAUCAAACUGUUUACGUAAUCAAGGUCAAGUGAGGGGAACAAGCGCAGCCAGUGACGAGUGAAGAAGAAUCUGACCAGUAUCUUGCAGUGUUGACGUUUCCCAGAUGUGUGCUUGUGAUGAUACACACACAAGCACAGGUUCUCCACCACGUGUGUAUAUAUGUAUGUGUGCAUAUGUCUGUAGCUGUAUAUAAAGCGCAUGUAGAGCUACAGAUCCAAAUACACACAUUUGUGUAUAUAUGUACAUACAGACAUACUGAAGGGAUUAGUACAAUUUCUCCAAAGUACUGUACCUAUCUUCAGCAAGAAUGCAAAAGAAAAUAUUUUCAAUAUAUAUACCUGGAACAGAUUUUAAUAAUUAUCAGAGUAAUACCAUUAAUGGACAAAUUGACUGCAAUGUAAUACUAGCUGGUAUGUUUCAUAAAUGUCAAGUUGUGGACCAACAUAUAUAGCCUUUUAUUAUUUUUCUCUUCUUUUAAGUCAGUUUCUUAUAAAUUUUUAUUUUAGUCCCAUAAGCAGUAGACUCCCACAGAAAAUUUCUUCAAAAUUUUUUGGUAUUCCAGGGAAUCUGGGGUGUAAACUCUGAAUAUAUUUAUAACUAUUUAUUUCUGGAUGGUCAUUAUCUUGUAGCCAAAUUUGACAAUAUAAGGUAAGGAGCAAAGUUACAGGCCAGUUUUACUUGUUUGCCCUGAGGGAAAAAUCCUUAGAAAAAAAUUCUGGUUUUUAUUGGAUUUUUAUAUUUUAAAUUUCAAAUAUUUUUCUACAUCAAACCUAGCAAAAAUGGAGAUGACGGUUUCUGAUUUAUAAUAAACACUAGACAAUUUUCAGCCUCCUGUUAGGCAAACACAUUGAUGGAGAAAUUAGUCUUAAUAGGAUUGUAGGCUGUGUAGAAAAGCUAAAAGUAUAGCACUUCACGGAGUGUUGUUUUGAAAAUGACAGUCUGUAACUACAGCUUGGAAACUAUGCAAAUGGUCUAGAUUCCUCAGAGCUCACAUGAUAGGAUAUAGUUAGUGAUGACAUUUUGCUCUUCUUGUGGAAACACACACUUCAAGGGGGAGAUGGUGACAUUGAGAUAGGAACAGUUUAAGAUGCAGUGUGAGUCUGGCCUGCGCGGUGAGGAGGCCCCGCCAGGAGGCUGGGGGACCUCCGACUGUGGGAUGUGCUCUCAAGUAGGAUGUCAUCAGAACAGAUCCUGAAUAGGCAUCAUGAGAAUGCUGGUCAGAACGGGCUGCCACUUUUUUUUUUUUUUUAAAGGAAGGAACAAUAGCUAGGUUAGAUUUUUAUCAGCUUUCUCUGUCUGAAUCCAGUUUUUCCCCUGUCAGUCCUGGAAGCUUGAAUAGAAUUAUAUUGUUGAAGCCUUCAGGUCACAAACUGUCUUUUUUAACCUCCUGUCCCUCCUAAAACACGCCAACCCCUGCAGUCAAAUCACAUUAGUAAUCUGAUUUGCUGACAGUCCUGUCCUGCCUGCUCCUUGUUUUCCCACAUGUCCUGCAUCCCUCCCCCACUGGAGUGAUUUCAGUGAAUCAGACAAGGAAGGAUGUUUAGGAUCACUACUGCAUUGCAAUACCCUGUUAUCCUCAGCAACAAAACCCACAUUUCAUACAUCCUUUGUGUACUCAGGAUAAAGACCGAUGUUUACUCUCUGGGCACUGUUGUAAGAUAGGUUUUGUCAGAGCAUAAUCAUUGUCUGCAAAGUGUUUGGUGCGAGGAAGAUUAUUGCUAAUUUUGUGAAAUAAAGAGUCUAGCCCUCUCCUUUUAAUGAACUUAACUCUCGCUGGCAUCUGUAGUAUCAUUGGGAGCUUAGGCACACAUGGAAAUGAGAGCCCGGCGCAUGGAUUUUAAUGUUUUUCUAACAACUGUGGAGAUUUGAGGGAAUGUGUGGUGAAUGUAAAAUACCUAGUUUACUUGGCAGUCUCUUGUGUAAAUUACAGUAAAACAAAGUAAAUGAAAUUUAAACAAAAAAUAAAUUUGAUCACAAAAUGCCA